AUGAAUUCAAUGAAAUGGAAGGACUUGUUUGAAGGUAAGGGCCAAAUGUUUACCGAUGUAGUGGCCUUUAGACAAACUUUAUACAGGUAUGGUAUUAGGCAAAAGUUUUCAUAUAAGUUUAAGAAGAACAAUAUGAAAAAGGUCAUUGCUAAGUGUAAGGUUGAGGGUUGUCCAUGGAAUAUUGCAGCACAUUCAAUAGGAAAGCAUAGUGACUUUUUGAGGGUAACAAGAUUCAAUAGUGAGCACAUCCACAAUGCAAAGGAGAAGCUUAUUGUUUCAUAUCGGGAAAGAGUAGAUUUAAGUUCACCGAUCAUUGCUGAUGCUUUGAGGUCUACUAUAGACAAGAGUACAAAUGAAAUUAGAAGAGACUUGUAUAAAGAGGAAAUUGAUGUAACGACAGUUGUGAAAUGGGAAGCCUCUGAUAGUAACAGAUUUGAGAGGUUACUCAUUGCAUAUGGAUACUAUAUUUUAGGUUUUCUAGAAGGUUGUCGACACAUACUUUAUAUAGAUGGAUGCUUUCUAAGCUAUCCAUACAAGGGAACAUUGUUGGCAACUUCUGCUUAUGAUACGGACAAUGACCUAUUUCCACUAGCAUAUGCUAUUGUGAGUGGGGAAACAUUUGAAGAUUGGUCUUGGUUUCUCAGAAAUGUCGAAGAUAUCACAAGAUCAGUUGAGAUAAUAUUAGUUUUUGAUAGGCAUAAUGCUAUUAUUAGGGCUAUGCAAGCUAUUUUUGGUGGCGAGAGACAUGCAUAUUGCUACUGUCAUGUGAAGGAAAAUUUUAGUACUGAAUAUGUAAAAAUUAAUAGAGGUCAGAGGAGGACAUCGGGGAAUAGUAAGGAGGCUGCACUAAAAUUGCUUGAUGCUGUUGCUUAUGCUAGGCAUGAGGAAAAAUUUAAUAUUGCCAUGGGGAACCUUAGAUUGUUCAGUCCACAAUUGGCAUAA